UUAAUUAACAUAUCAAAAAUAAUCACACGCAAACUAUAAAGUACAACACAAAUAUAUUAUUUAUUUAAAGCCGAAAUAUUAUAUUUUCUCAUAAAAAGUUAAGUGGCCAAGGUUUCAUAAAUAGGCAAUAAAAUGCAUCUCUAGGCAUGUCGGCGAAUUAACAGCGCAGUCAACAUCAACCGAAUUUGUAGUUAUCCCUAGCGUCAUUUGUUCGCGAAAAAUGUGGAAUUUAGUUUUUUAAUUGUAAAUUAAGUUUUGCCAAAGUUAUGUAAAUUUUUUUUUAUAUUUUGCCCGCUACAUAAUAUAUUUAUCCUUAGACAUAUAUGAACUAAUAUAAAGAGUGUUAAGUGAUAAAAUAUAAACUCCGACAUUUAGAGAGUGAAAAAAUUGGAUAAGUUUUAAGGCCACUUAGAAAGGCAACCCAUUUAUUUUUUCUUCCCCCGUUAAAUAAUAACCGCUAAAAUUGUGGAAAAACAGGAGAAAACUCCAAAGCGGAAGAAGAAGGCUGCAGCCAGUAAAAUGUCUGCAGUUUAUUCGCCGCAACAACCGCAGCAGUCUGCGCCCCCAGGUGCUGUACUGCAACCGCCUCAGCCACCAACGCCGACGUCGAUGCAGCAACAACAACAGCAGCAGCAACCACCGGGUGUUGGCGCCGGCGUGGGCGGAGUGGGGAUGGGCGGUCCAACAGGAGUGCCAAUGGGCUCCGGCGGUCCAAUCCAACGAGGUCCUUCCAUGGUUGGCAGUGGUGGCGGACCCGUCGGUCCUCCAUCUUCAGUUGGAAGUGGUGCUAUGAUGGGCGGUGUUGCUCCUCCGCCAUCAUCCCAACGCGGUGGUAUGCCACCAUCACCCAGUCCAGCUCAAAUACAAAAAAUACUUGACGAUAAUUGUGGUCUUAUUCAAACAAUUCAAGACUUUCAAACGAUGGGCAAAGCCCAGGAGUGCAUGACAUAUCAUAUGGCACUACACAGAAAUCUCGUUUAUUUAGCACAACUAGCUGAUCCAACAAUGAACAUUGCUCAGAUAUUGCCGCAUCCACAUGUUCUUCAACAACAGGCAGCCCAACAACAAGGUCCACAUGGUAUGAUGGGGGCUCCACAGCCUCCACAACAAGGUGGACCACCGACUGGAGCAAACCAACCACAAAUUGCCGGUAUGCCACCAAUGUCACAUUCGGAUGGAAAUGUGCAACCUCCAUCGGGGGCUCAAAUGUCGUAUGGAGGUCAACCUCCACAGUCGCAUCCAGGAAUGACGCCAAACUCUCAAUCUCAACAAGGUCCUCCCCAGCAAGCUAUUCAUUCUCAACAAGCUGGCCAACAACAACCCCAACAACAAGGCGGUGCUUAUCGUGUUGGUACUACACCUCAAUCAGCCAAUCAACAACCACCAACUGUGUCAAAUGCAGGGUCCAAUCAACAGCGCCCAAGUGUUCAGUCAGGACAGCAGCCGGGUCAAGGGCCACAACAACAAGCCCCCAAUUCCCAACAAGGUCCACCUCCUCAACCCCAAUAUCGUGGCAAUUAUCAACAACAACACAGUCAUUACCCUGGCUAUCCACCACAAAGCCAACCAUCGUACCAACCUCAAACCGGUUAUCCAUAUGGUCCGCCCACUCAAGGGUACGGACCACCUCCUCCAAAUUCACAGGGAGGCUAUCACCAUGCAGGUAUGCCACCGACAUCAUCAGCUGGUGGCGGCCCACCAGGUCAGCAUGGGUAUGCUAAUGCCAGUGGUCAGCAAGGGCCUCCGGGUGCUUAUGCUCCACCUCCGCCGAAUCAGCAAGUUGCACCGGGCCAGCAACCGCCUCCUUCACAAAUGUAUGGUCCGCCUACAACUGGACAAGGACCACCACCACCGCCAAAUCAAUAUGGACCACCGCAAGGUGGCAACAACGCCCCUCCACCAAUGGCUUACGGUGGUUACGGUGGUCCACCACCAAGUGGUUAUGGUCAAGCGUCGAAUGCAUUGCCCACCGGUUAUGGUCCACCUCCUCAAAAUCCAACACAAUCGCCCUACCCUCCACAAUCACCAUACCAGCAAGGUGGAGCGCCUGGUGGCUAUCCGGGUCAGUCACCGCAACAGCAACAAACAUCACAGGGUACUAGCGGUGGCUAUAGUUCCUCGCCCAGUCCAGGCCAAACACCGCCACCACCAUCAAAUCAACAAACACCAAACUCGGCUAACCCAAAUGGACCAAAUGCUCCACCAGCAAGUGUGCAAUCCACUUCACCCUCUACUUCUUCUGGCAAUAUUGGUGUCAAUAGCGGUCCACCGAACCAGCAGACACAAUCACCUCAGCAGCAACAACAGCAGCAGCAACAACAACAGCAAUAUGGAAACCAACAGCCGCCAGUUUCCAGUGGACCACCACAGCCACAUGGAUCUACUCCACAACAACAGCCUGUAUAUUCGUCAGCAGGGGCGCCCGCUGGUGGUCCAUCACCUUACGGUGCGCCAUCACAACAGCAGCAGCCACAACAGCCGCCGGGACCGAAUGGACCGCCUCAGGUGCCACCAAACACAACGGCACCACCAAAUGGUACGCCCCAAAUGCCUAAUCAGCAGUACCAACCGCCACCAGCAGGUCAACCGUACGGUGCGCCACCACCACAGGCCUACGGUCCGCCACCACCCAGUGGUGGCUAUCCAGGACAUGGCUACCAUCAACCGCAGGGCGGCUACGGUGGCAUGCCACAAGGACAAUAUCCACCUUCACAAGGAUAUCAAGGUUAUAGACCCACUGGUGGUCAAAUGCCGCCACCAGGCGCCCCUCAAGGACCGCCAACAAAUGCAUAUUCAUACUACAGUAAUCAACCUCCACAAUAAGUGUUUGCACCACAAAAAGGUUGAGCCAGCAACGCGCGUGGCAACUGGUUAAUACUUUCUUAAAAAUUGAUAUAUAUAUUAUAUAUAUACAUGUGUUAUAUAUAUCAUAUGUAUGUAUAUCCCUAGAUAAAUAAGACAAAAUAUUGGUAUUAAUUCCGCUCCGUAAUAAAGGGGAGAAAAAAAAAAACAAUCGGCUAAACUUAACGGAAUCUUAGAAGUCUAAAAAAUUUUUUAAUAGUUAAAUUGGCUCUGGUGAACAAACAUUAAACGCGGUAAAAUUAUUUCCAACACACUAAACUCCAGGAUCUUCUACGUCUGGACUAAAAGUUUUCAUAUAUUUAUUAAAAUGCGGGAAAAUUCAAAUGACAAUGACGCUACAUACUUCUGAGAUGUUAAUUCAUAACAUUUGCAUAACAGUAUACCAUACAUUCAGUUAGUGGACGACUGUAAAAAUUAUCGAACUUCAUUACUGCGUAAGCCGACGGAGAUGUAAUUGAUUUGUAUGAUUUAAAAGAAAAUUAAAGAUCCGCUAGUUUUUCUUUAAUUUCGUUACUGAAAAAAGUUUACGGAAACUAUACAAAAUUUACUUAAAAUUGUUAAAAUAAAAAAUAAGUAUAAAGAUGUUACAAAAAACGUAGGUCAAAAUAAACAAUAUACAUAUGUAAUAUUUAAUACUAUGUUAUCCUAAACAAUACAAUGUACGCAUUCCCCUUUUAAAUAAUAUUGAUUACGGAAAAUAUAUUGAACGGAAUGCAAAUUGCAACAUAAAAUUAUUGCGACGAAUUCAAAUAUGUAACUUUAGACUUAAUCAAUAAUAUAAUACAGUAGUUUACGUUUGAUUGAGAAGCCGUCAGGCGAAAUAAUUUUUUAUUCACAUAUGAUAUCGCUACUAUCCUAAUAAAUAUGUCUAUGUGUAUUCGUCACAUUUAUACAAAAUAGAAUA